AUGAGACGUUACCAGAUCUGGUUCGCCGUGGUGGCCGUACUUGCCGUACAUCUGCAGGAUGUUUCGGGCCAACUUGAAAACACCAUCGUCAACAGACGCACCUCCAUCAACUCUACGAUGAAUUCGUUCUCCAGCAACAUGGGCAACAAAGUGAACGACUACGCGAACAAGUACACCAGCCUUCGCAACGACAUGUCCUCACAGCUGACAUCCGCCUCGCAGACGCUCACGAGCUUCCUGACGGAUUCGCUGAUCGGUGCCAACGCUCUGGCUGCUUCCGACGUGCUUUCGGCCGCCAGCUCUACCCUUUCAUCGAAAGUGACGGCCUCGAUAACCGUGACCGGGAGCUUCUCGUCGGUGACAUCCUGCGUGAACAGCAAGACGCAGGCUUCCAUUAGCGCGACAUUUAGCGCGAUCGGUUCGGCUAACACCGCGUACUUUAACGCCGUCACCAGUUCGUCGUCUACUUACAGCUCCACGUGCCGUUCGCGAUUCUCCAACACGGCCAACGAUCUGGUCAAUCAGGCUGCCGAUAAGGUCCAGGACUGCCUGAACGAUGAGAAUACCGAGCUCAGCCGCGUCAACAAUAUCCUGAACAAUUACUUGUCGCAAAUGCGCCAAUCGUACCAAGCACUGAGCAACCAUGUCCGUUACUGCUCAAGCCUGGGCUCGACAACGUCCCGUGCGGAAGUGAAGGCAGAAAUCAACGCCUGCCUCAAAUGCAUCACCACGACUGUUGCUCCGAGCUACAAGGCUACUAUGGAUCAGCAGUACGCACUGGCUAUGAGCAUGGUGCAGAUGGAGCUUUUGGCCUCGAAUAACCGCGUUAAGAGCUGCAUCAGUCAGGUCACCGAAACGUACAAGGCGAUGUCGGACGCCAUCGUGCCUGCCGUUAAUACAUGCCUCAGCACUGGCCAGUAA